AUAGUCCAAAUUUAACUUCCACAAAUCUGCCCCCAAUUACUACCAUUAUACUCCUUUAUUUUUUUUCCUCUGCUAAUUAAUUCCAAAUAUGGCCGCCUUGCAAAAACAGCCUCUUUUGCUCCUAAUUGCUCUCUUCAUGUUCAAAGCAAUUGCUGUUUCAGCCACGCAGUUUACGCUUCAAAACAAUUGCGGUUACACAGUUUGGCCAGGUACUCUUUCCGGCAACGGAGUUCCUAUCUCCGGCGAUGCCGGUUUUGCAUUAACUCCCGGCGCAACCAUUCAACUCUCCGCCCCUGGUGGAUGGUCCGGCCGGUUCUGGGCGAGAACCGGUUGCAGCUUCGACGAUUCCGGCAACGGUAAAUGUACAACCGGCGACUGCGGCGCAUUGAAGUGCAUCGGUGGCGGCGAACCGCCGGUAAGUCUAGUUGAAUUCACCAUUGCUAAUGCUAACGGCAACGAUCAGAAGGACUUUUACGAUGUUAGCCUCGUCGACGGAUACAAUGUCGGUAUCGGCGUACGGCCUACCGGAGGCACCGGUGACUGCCAAUACGCCGGUUGCGUCAACGAUUUAAACUUGAAUUGUCCGACGGAGUUGCAGGUGAUGGAUAACGGCGCAGUGGUGGCGUGUAAGAGCGCGUGUGCACAAUUUAACACGUCGGAGUAUUGCUGCACUGGCGAUCAUGCGACGCCGGCAACUUGCUCGCCGACGCAAUAUUCGAAGCUGUUUAAGGAUGCAUGCCCUUCUGCUUAUAGCUAUGCAUAUGAUGAUGCUACAAGUACCUGCACUUGCUCUGGUUCUGAUUAUUUAAUCACAUUUUGUCCAACCAAUUCUUAAGUUUUUUAUAUGAUUAACAAUUUAUUAUUAUUAUUAUUAGGAGUACUAUUUUGGUAAUCUCCAUUGAGUUAUAAGCAUUAUGGAUAGAAUUUAUUGUGAUAAAGAUACUA